UUCUUAAUGAUUUUUCUUCUUCGCUUGUCGAAGCACAGGAGGAAUACACGUGUGUUUCCGCCUAUGGUUUCCGCACGUGUAGAUUUCAUUACAGUUUAAUUAUUUUUGUUUUGUAUUGAUCGACACAACUCCGAUGAUGUCUGCGUCUAUAAACAAGAAAACAAACGGAGGAGAGGCUGCCACAAAGACAGAAGCUCUCGACAACGAAGAGGACUCUCCCAUUGUGAGCCGCACACGCAGCGGUCGCAGAAUACGGACACCCGCGGCCAAAACUCCCGUCCGCCGGACCAGAAAGUCCGUUGUGCGGGAAGAUCCGGCAGAAUACACCGAGGCUCGGCAAGAAUCACCACCCGAUGAGAGUACAGCAGAUACUCAAAGCGACCAGUGCAGUCCACAGACAGAACCAGUGUGUCCAGAUCUGUCCACAUCAGCAGAUGUCAGUCAAGAGUCAGGUCUGAUAGGGUCAGAUCAGACCAGUGAGAAGGAAAACGUGGUAAAUAAUACAGAGACUGAAGCCACUGGUCCCACUGACCCCAAGAAAAGGGGCAAAAAAAGGACUCACUCAGAAUCCAGUGAGAAGAAAAGUAAGAUGGUACCUCUGGGGAAACCUAAAUCAGGAAGAGUUUGGAAAGACAGAAAUAAGCAAAGGUUCUCUGCUCUGUUGAGAGACAAACCUCUGCGUACAUCAUGGGAAACAAAGAUGGAGGCCAAGAGAGAGAAGCAGCUGGUGAAGCAGUACCACCAACAGCUGAAAGAUGAGCAGGCCAGAGAGAAAGAGGAGAAAAAGAAGAGGAGAGCAGAAAACCUGAGAAGACGAGCAGAAAAUGAAAGAAAAGCAGAGAUUGUGCAAGUGAUUAAGAAUACAGCAAAGAUCAAGAGAAUGAAGAAGAAACAGCUGAGGAAGAUUGAGAAAAGAGACACGCUCUCGAUGGUGCAGAAAACACCACCCAGUGUCAAGAAGGGAGCAGGGAACACAACCAGCAGCUUGUAGAGCGUUUCAGUACAGUACUGUGAGAGAUCUCAUCAGAUCUUAACAUGCUAUUGUAUAUACGUGUGUAGUGCCUAUUGAAUGGACUGACAUGUGAACCUCACUAUGGAAAAUACUAGGGACCUGUAAUAAUGUUGGAUCAGUGACCCUUAAGUGGACCGCUUGGGUUGUGAAUCUGCUUUAAGUCUCUGGGUUUGAUGUAAUAUUUGUACAGCAAAAUAAAAAUCAAACUCAUGGAAAAUGUCACCAAUCUUUUUUUUUAUUAUUAUUUGAUUGUCUCAUUAAAAAACAAUUUAAAUAAAUAUAUUUAUCGAU